UCGAUCGCAGUCCGAAAUAAAAUCGCGAGAAAUUCACAAUACAGCAGCCAUGGUCAAGACAUCUGCCUGCCUGGGAAAUGGCAUCUUGCUGGGUGUUCUAGUAUUCCUAGUUCUCGGAAUUUUCACAUCCACAGAGGCGGCACCCUCACCUUCCUACCAGGAGUUGCAGCCCCGCAAAGGUCAUGUGCCCGUCUAUAUACGACAUGGCGAUGAGCCUCUGAGUGAAAUCCAUCCCGGACUGGCCGAGGCCUUCAAGGAGGGAGAGUCCAAGAGUCUGGUCACCGAAACUCCCCAGGCAGAAACUACAAACCCACCGACCUCAUCCGAUUCCCCUGCUCCAUCCAGCUCAACGGUUUCGGAUAUAGCCAGCUUUGAGGCCAUCAAGGAGAAGACGGCAUAAUACAAUUGAAUAAAUACUAAAUUGCUGCUCAAACUUCUUUAGUUUACAAGUUAAGUCCAUCAAAGAAAAGCCCUGAGGUCUGGAGACGAAAUCAGCAAGCAAAUUUAAAUUAUUUAAAUACAAAACAAAUAUAUAUAUGAA